GUCAGUCCUCACUCAGGGCACACACCGCCCUCUACUGCGGUCCGUUGCUUUAAAGCUGAUCCAGCGUCAGCCGCAGAUUAAUCUCCGCUAGGAGCUCCCGCAGCCGAACAGGAGUGCAGUUAUUCAGACACAGAGUGCAGGCAGGAGCCGGUGAAGCGCCCGGAGCUCUCAGCGCGGACUGUGCCAUGUCUCUGUGACCUCGGGAUUUUUGAAGCCGCACCUGCAGCUGAUGGUCCACCGUGAAGCAACAUGAACGGAUACGAACCUCCAGCUCUCGCCUCGGGCGUCUUCGGCUCCUACAGCUCGCCCAUCAACGGCCAUGAUGCUCCAUCUCCAGAGCCUGCAACGCACAAAGCCAAGACCAGUGCCAAAGCUCUUUACGAACAAAGGAAACAUUACACCAAAACCAGCAUCAACAGCCUGACAGACACAUCGCAGUAUCAUGUGGAGCACCUGACCACGUUUGUGCUGGACCGCAAAGACGGGAUGAUCACGGUGGAUGACGGCAUCAGACGCCUCCGUCUGCUCGAUGCUAAAGGGAAAGUGUGGACACAGGAGAUGCUGCUGCAGGUGGAGGAGAAGAUGGUGAGCCUCAUCGACUUAGGAACAAAGAACGAGCUGGAGAACUUCCAGAUUGGCUCGAUCCAGCACUGCCAGGCCGUGAUGAACGCCUGCAGCUACGACUCCAUCCUGGCUCUGAUCUGCAAAGAGCCGGGUCAGGUCAAACCCGACCUCCACCUGUUCCAGUGCGACGAAAUCAAAGCGAAUCUGAUCCAAGCUGACAUAGAAAGUGCCAUGAUGGAUGCCAAAGGAAGCAAAGUGAAAAAACGGCCGGAGACCCUGAAGAUGAUCCUGAAGAGCGAUGGCAUUAUCCCCCCUCCCCCUUCCGCUCCUGCCCCCCAGCCGCCACCGUCACCUGAUCUGGUGGACGUAAAGAGUCGUGCAGCAGCCUGGUCGGCAUGGACCAAUGAGCAGUACGAGGCAGACGAUAGACGGCUGUCGCAGGACAAUGGGCCGGUGGAGAUGACAGCAGCUCACGUAGAUCGCGAUGUGCAAAUCCUGAACCACAUCCUGGAUGACAUUGAGUUUUUCGUCACCAAACUUCAGAAGGCUGCCGAGGCCUUCGGUGAGCUCUCCAAGAGGAAGAAGAACAAGAAGGGCAAGAAGAAAAGCCCCGGAGAGGGCGUCCUGACGCUGCGCUCCAAACCUCCGAGCGAAGACGAGUUUGUCGACUGUCUGCAGAAGUUCAAGCAUGCCUUCAACCAGCUGGGGAAGCUGAAGGACCACAUCCAAAACCCGAGUGCCGUGGAGCUGGUCCACUUCCUGUUCACACCACUAAAGAUGGUGAUCCAGGCUUCGGGCAGCGUUGAUCUGGCUCGUAGCGUUGUCAUUCCUCUGCUGACCAGAGAUGCCAUCGACUUCCUUCACGCCUCGGGGACGGCGGAGGAGAGACACUUGUGGGUUGCCCUGGGAGACGGAUGGACAAAGAGCAGGCUGGAGUGGCCGAAGGACCACUACUUCCCGCCGUGUGUUCUGAGGUUUCGUGAUGGUUGGGAACCACCUGCGUUGCCGGCGACAACCCCGAGUCGUGAGCAGGAGCUCGCUCAGCUUGCUGAAAGCCUCGCCAACGCCAACCUGCAGAGACCGGAGGACCCAAGGCCGUGGGUAGCUCAGGAGGUGGCGCUGCAGAGGUUCUCCCCUGCUGACGGGUAUGCCUUCACCAACACCUCCUACAAACGCAUGCAGAUCCUGGAUCAGGACACGGCCGUGGCUGCUUUCAAACACGCCGCCAGCCGCCGUGUAGACCGAGGCUUCGACGCUGAUGGCAGAGGGCAGCCCAAAAUGUUUGCCAAAUCGAAGUACGACUUCGUGGGGAGGAACAACACAGAGCUGUCGGUGCUUAAAGACGAGGUGGUUGAGGUGCUGGACGACAGGAAGCAGUGGUGGAAGGUUCGUAACGGCUGCGGUGCGACGGGCUACGUGCCAAACAACAUCCUGGAGAUCACCAAAGCGGUGGACAUGACCAGCCGAGGAGAGCCCAUCUACAGCCACACCGUCCAGCUUAUGAUGCCAAGGAGGGAGUUUGAGUUGUUCAAGCAAUUACUGGGAGAGCUUAACGAGAAACAGACCACAAGGACAGAGUUUGUCCCCAGCCAACCCGUUGCCACGCCAAUGCCCCCAGCCCCCGCACCGGUUCCUCCUGCUCCCGCCCCCGCCAGGGUCCCCACGCCGCCACUGCCUCCUCCGGCCGCCGAGCCCACAAAGCUGGCCGCCGGCAGCGUCACAGUCAGCCGACAGAACAGCAACGCGUCUAGCGACAUGGGCAGUGUCGCCAUGAGGGAGCAAAACAGCCAGAAACCUGUUGUUGCCGCUGGCAGCCGAAGGAAGUCGAACAUGGAGGAGGUCCAGGACGAGCUGAUGCACAGGCUGACGCUCGGUCGCAGCGCCCAGAAGAAGUUUCAGGGUCCCGCCCGCAGUGGCAGCACGCCGUCGGUCAGCAUCACGUAUGACUCGACACCAGAAGAGGUCAAAGCAUGGUUGGAGGCCAAAGGCUUCAGCCCCGUCACCAUCACCAGCCUCGGCGUGCUCACUGGCGCUCAGCUCUUCUCGCUCAACAAGGAGGAGCUGAGGACGGUUUGUCCUGACGACGGCGCCCGAGUCUUCAGUCAGGUCACCGUGCAGAAGGCGGCGCUCGAGGUUUUCUUCUGAGCCUCCUUUGAUCUUCUGAUUCUGUUACCACACUCAUUAAAGGUAUCGUGUUCAUGUAAAUGCAGCUUCAUUCUGUUGGCCAGAUUUAAGGAAACUGCAUGAGAUGGAGGACUCAUGGGGUUUUACAUUCUGUGGUAUUCAACAGGAGGUCCUCCAUGACUCAUGACAAAAUUAAGAUACUUAAUGCGAUUCAAGUAAACCCUUAAUUUUAUUUCCUCUUUGGGUACCAACAUGUUCCAGUAUCUGUUAGUACUAAUUAUUAUUAUUUUUUUAAACUUGGUCAGAAGAUGUCAGGCGAACGCGAGACUUGUUCAUCCUGGCGUGAGGCGCAUGUUUGAGGGGGUCUUAACUGGGACUUACCUGUCUUACUUUUGGAUUGUUGGCCCUUUUUUGGGUUAGGGAUCAUGGUCAAUAAACCACUUUAAGUUCAACAACAAAAAUUGAAUCAACAUUUACCAUUAUUGUGUCUUGCUCUUCUUCUUGACUUGGCCUUGCUGGUCUUGAUGUGGCCAUAGGUUUGGGACUGUUGGCGAGUUUGGAAGGUUUUGAAUUUAGAUUGUUGGACUCCUGUUUCUCUUAAUUAGUGACAUGACUUAGAAGCCAAAAAGGCCCAAGAUGCUGCAGCAACUGCUGCUUCUUUCGGACUUGUUGUUCUCAACUUAGGAAAAGUAUUCCAAGCUUAGGACUAGUUGGUCUUGAUUUUGGGGGGGAACAAGUCUUGAAUGAGUCUUAGUGCGUUAAACUUUUUUGAAUUUGGAUUGUUGAUAUUGGGGAGUUUUUCAUCUAACAGAACUUUCCCAUCAGCUCUCUUUACCUGGCCCUUUUGGAUUUAUAGUCUAUAAUUAGCCCAUAGAUGAAGACCAACAUUGACCGGUUGCACCGGAAGAUUUGUUUGUAUCGACACAGGACUCCAGACUAGUUUCUUUUCUCAGAAUUCCUGAAUCUGGCCAUCAGAACGAGGCUCCAGAUGUUUCAUGUGUAGCAGCAUUUUUAAGGUAGUCAGCAUUAGGCUUCCUGCUGUGGCUGUGCACAAAGUCCUUCUUAAUCUCCCUGAAUGAAGCAGCUCCCGAACAAUGCCCUUCCUGUUGACCUCUGACCCUCACCUGUUGCCAACUCACAGCCCCACCCUCCCAUAGAAACCUGGAUGUGUUGUAAUUUUCACCUUCUUUUGGUAAAAUGUGCAAACACAUUUUCCAUGUACGGAUCUGGGUUUCAGGACUUUCUCCAACACAUCAAUUGUUAGUUUUAGCUCAUAUUUUUAUUUUUUAAACACAUUUAAUUUAGAUUUAAUAUCUACUGUUGUUAGUUUGUCCUUUAUAAAGAAACGAACACUGAAAACAUCCAGAUUCAGAUCAGCUGCUGAACCCACAAUCUAGACAUGGACCAUGCUGAAUGGUUUGAAAUACCAUCUUAGAUAAGUAAAGUGGCGACAUAGCUGUGAAAGCACCUGUAAUACUGAAGCGUCUGGUAAGUAUAAAUUAGCUGUCUGUGGUCCUGGAUCAGUUUUUAAAACAGUUUUUUAAAUAAAGUGACCAAAAAGUUUCAGAUGUCAACCAAACACUUGCCUAAAAUUGUUCAAUCUGCCUGUAAGAUCUUCUUCUGCACCUCUGGACCUUUUGCAAGCUCAUUAAAGUAAAACUACAUGUGAAAAAAAACAUUUUAGUUCACUAAAUAUGAAAAUAGACUUUUGAAAUAUAACAACAAGGGAAAAUAGUUUGAACUCAUUAAACUAAAGUAAAAAUACAAUUUUGCUAAUUUAGUAUAACUGUUGUUACAUGAGAUGUGAAUGUGACAUUUGAGCUCUGAGGAGGACUCACAGGUCACAACAGGAAACAUCUGGAAGAGGUCCAGAGAUGCACAUGAGACGACGCUGAAGAGCAAACUGAUUAAAUUUCAGUGGCAUGAGGGUUUUUCCUGUAAUUGGCUGCUUCCUGUAAUCUUUUUGAUCACUUCUCGUACCUGAACACCUCAAGCUUCUUUCCACCUGCAGCUGGUUGCACAAAUAUCGGCACUUCGGCCUCAAACGCUAUAUUUUCUCCCUGCGGUGAACGAACUGCUCCAGAUCAUCUCGUCUCUGGGAACACACAGACUCUGGUGUAGCAGGUGUUUGUGCCACCAGUUUCAGAAAAUCCCGUUACCCAGCAUGCUUCCUGACACCACACCGUAGACACAUUCAUCCACAUGCUGUUUGCAGCUUGGCAGUCGCCAAAGGCUUCCCGAGGCUGAGUUUACACCAAACUGCAGCCAGCUGGCGCCGCUAGGCUCUGACCGACAGAAGAUUUCACCUCAACGCGCCGAAAAAAUCUUCUAAAGCGACGGCACUGAUGCUCAGUAGAUUUUACAUUUAUUGCUUGAAAAGCUCAGAGGUCGAGGGGAGACUUUCGGGGGUGCUCUAACGGGCUGAGGUGGUCCGGGAAAGCAGGAGCUUGUAGUUUGUCCAAGGUAACAGACCGAUGUAAAUAAAAGCUGUGGAUAAUUACCAAAAUUCAAACUUAAGAUCAGCUUGAAGAAAAAAAGUUUAUAAUUACAUCGUAGUUUCUGACGUUUCAAGUUCAUGGAGAAUUUAUUUUAUUUUUAUUUUUUUUUCCUCCUCUUAAAUUUCCCUUUAACCUUGGAUGGCCACCUGUAAUCUGUGGAGAGGAACACUCUGUUUCAGUAAAGCUCAGCAAAAACAAAGUGGUUUUAGUGCGUGAUUAUUGGUGGAAAACUAAACUGCAGUGAGUCAGGCAGGCUGUCUAAAUGGGCUCGUCUCACGAGGCGGCACUCGAGAGUUUCCCGAGAUCAAAUGUGCAUUUGUGUCCUGAUGAGUGUUUGUUCAUGUCUCUGUUUCGUCUGCGUCUCCAGAAGAGUGCAGGCUCCGAGCUGCAGGAGAUCAUGAGGAGGCGGCAGGAGAAACUGGCAGCCAGCACCUGUGAUUCAGGGGUGGAGUCUUUUGAUGAAGGCGGCGCCCACUGAGCUCCACCCAGCUCCUCUCCUUCCUUCCUCCCUUCCUCUUCCCUCCCUCUGCUGUACCUUAUCCUUUUUUUCAAACCGCAGCCUGCUGCUCUCUCAAUCCUCAGGCAGCGGCCGACCGCGCGGCGUUCGUGGAGAUCAUGCGGCGUAGACAGGAACUCCUCAGCUCAUCUCCAUAGAAACAAACCGACCGCCCACCGGACUGCCACACACACAAUAUUCUGCCAUGUUUGCCUGGAGUUCACAUGAACACUUUGGGGACUCGUUUAGUUGGUGAAAAGCUGUUUGCUCACCGUUUCCAAAGCAAAGCCUCGCAGUAUUAACAUCAGUGCCGCGCCCGGUCCUCUCCGCUCCAUCACUGCGGUCAGGUCACACAUAGGAGCGUUUCAUGAUGUAAUGAUGUAAACACACUGCACUCUAAGAAGACUCGUGGAGCCGAGACAUUCAGGAUUUAUGUCUUUUGAGUUAAGAUUGUGGAAAAGGCUAAAAGCAAACAGGAAGUGCUGAUCCUGUGUUUUUAUUUCCAAAGAGGGAUUGACCCUGCACACGUGGAUUAUUCCCUCUGUGCCUGGGCACAGUGAGAUCACGGAGAGGCUAAAACUGAGCCUGGUACUUUAGACAUGCCUGACUGCUUGUUACAAAAAUGAAAUUCACUAAAUGAAUAUUAUUCUAUCAUCUAUGCUAACAGACUGAUAAAUAUACAUUUAAAUGUUUUUGAGAGUUAUUUGAUGGGAUUUCAUUUUCUCAGAUUAUUUUAAAACUAGAAGCAAAAUGAAAUGCACAUAACUUUAUAGAAAUAACUUAUGAAGAACAUCUGUCACAGAGUGAGUGAUCAGAUUUCUUACAAGGAACUGAUAUUUGGUAAUCAGCAUUUUUGCACAUGAAUAAAAAUGCUGUUGUUUUUCAGGCAGAGGUAACAACCAAUGAAACAAGCUGAAGCAGCUGAGGUGUUUGUAAUGGCUCAGAUCUGAAAGUCUUUCUUUGACUUUGUUCUGAGGGUAAAAACACAAAAUGAAUGUAGUUGAACUCAUCACGCCCCGUCCAAAGCAACAGGUAGCCUCAUGUUUCUGUCUCAUUGGUCAUCUUACCUGUUCGAGCUGCAGGUGAUGUGAUGCCAGCGAUUGCUGACUAUAUUCAGGUUUAGUAAUUGCCAUUACUAUCAGCCUCCUCGUGAAAAAAAUGGGGGGAAUCUACAAAUUGAACUCUGUAUACUCUAUCGAAAACCUGAUGGAAAAGAAAAAAUUUUACCCCAGAACAAUCUGCAUCUUUGUUCUUCAGUUCCACAGAGUUGCAUUCUGUCUGGAUGAGCUCGAGUGAGUGCGCCCCCUGUGGGACAGGAAGUUCACAGGUUUAAGUUCACAUUUUAAAGGUUACACGCACACAUUCACAUGGACUUGAUUUUGAACUGGAUCACAAUAACGACUCACACUAAGGAGUCCAGACCUUUCACAUUAAAAGUUGAAAAGGGUGUAAUCUGUUUUCUUAAAAGGCUUUUAAUGUGAAAAAUCUGUCCUUUUUGAUCACUCUGAAAACCACCCAACCCAAUCAGUGAGGUGACCACUGGGACUGAAGCGAUGAUGUGCUCUAACAGUCACGGGUGUGAUGGUUCCCGCUGUGACUGGAUUGGUUCGUGCUGGUCACGAGCACGCUCAGACAUUAUUUGAACACUGGCUAUUGUUUGAGAAUUUACCGCCAAAAAUCAACAACAGAAGAUGUUCAGAUCAGUGAGCAGUAAAUAAAGUAAAAACAUGCAGACUGUUUCUCUUUGUACAAGCAGCCUGAAAACACUGUAAAUGAAAGAUGUAAAUGCUCAUAGAAAAGGAAAUGUACAGAAAUGAGCCUGUACUCACUGUGGCAUUGAUUGUAUUGAUUUUGUUUCCACUUAUGCACUUAAUCUUCUGAAGGAAAGUUUUGUCUUUGUCUGAACUGUAGCACAGCACUGUAAUACAAAUAAUGAUUAAAGCAGAGUAGUUCAGUUUAUGGAGAAUUGCUUGUUGCUAAUGAGAGAACAGUAAAAGUGUACGUAGUGUAGUUUUACCCAAACAGAUGUAUAGAGGCCAAUCAGGAGGAAAGGUUAGAGUUCAUUUGUACGUGUAUAGUUUUCUUCGUGCCUUUUCCAUGUAAAUCUGCUCAUUCUGCAAUAAAAAAUUUACUAAAAGCA